CUGGCAUCACAGCAAUAUGCAAUGCAGUAUUUACAUGCUUGCGUGAAUUGUGUCUGUCUGUUCUUGUGUAUGUCUGUACAUGUCUUGAAUUUGGGUUGCUUAUCUUUCAUACAAAGGAAAACCGUGAAAUGCUUCCACUGUUAUACCGCAUACUUGUUUACAUUGUUGACGCAUGCUCAGUUGCCCUCCACUGCGCACACAGCAGGUAGCUUGCUGCUCUCAGCAGUGCGUGACGGAGGAUUUCAAGGAGAGAUACAAAUCAUGGCGCUGAUUUUAAAUAUCCUGUCGCCAAGGAGGUUAGGGAAGUUAAUUACAAACACACGUGUAAGGCACCACUCCAGUCUAACAACUGAACUUAUCAACAACAUGGACAAGAAAGCAACAUGGGACCGGUUCUACACAGAAAAAAGCAAGGCAACCAACUUCAAGAAUUUUGAGUGGUUCUUUGGUUUCGAUGCAAUCCGGGACUUCAUCUUGCCCAUGCUGCAUUCACAGACCAACUCUGAUGCCCUACAUGUUCUGGACAUGGGCUGUGGUACCUCUGCCCUAGGACCCUGCAUAUACAGAUACUCUCCCUGGCCAGUGCAGGUGACCUGCGCUGACAUCUCUGCUAUUGCUGUGCGCCUUAUGCAGGAACACACAGAAACCAAAGCCCUGCAACCUCAGAACACUUCCUCUAAGCUGGACUUCUUAGAACUGGACUGCUCUCGUCUCCACAAACACUUUGGUUCUGAGAGCCUAGACCUCAUUCUAGACAAGGGCACCAUAGAUGCCUUGCUAAGGUCGAGGGAAGGUGGAGCAAAGGCCAGCCAGGUGCUUAAGCAGUGCCUAAAGGUGUUGAGGGACUCUGGGUCUCUCUUUCAGUUCUCGGAUGAGGACCCUGAUGCCAGGAUGUUGUGGCUGGAGAAAGAGGGCCGGGAGCCAGGGGUGAUGGUUGUCGAUGUGGGGGUGCAGGAGGUGGGGGAGCUAAGGGGAGUAACUUAUUACUGCUACCAAGUUACAGCUCGUCCUGUWGCACAGUAGAUASAGUGAGGGAAAAAAGUAUUUGAUCCCCUGCUGAUUUUGUAUGUUUGCCCACUGACAAAGAAAUGAUCAGUCUGUAAU